AUGGCACUCUUGUGUCCCGUUAUUGCCGUCUCAGCCACGGUCCACUCGGUCGAGGUGGCGCCGCGCAAUAACUCCGCACUAGCGCGUGACUCGAAGUUAACGAAUACCACGGUAAGUUUGUUUUUACGCAGGGGCUGGAAUUGCGUCUAUUAACAAAUCCAUUGAAGUAUAAAUGGACCCCAACACUUACAGGAAGGUUUUCAGUGGAAUGGAGAAUUCCACCGCCGAAGUUUAUCUUUCGAUCGUCAGUGCUUGACCAAUUUAACUGUGUACGAAAGAUGUAGGUCGUCCGUUGAUAAGGGUCUCAAUGCCGAGACGGGCGAAGAUGCGGGUUCCUGUAAGUAGUUCAUAAGAAGUAGAAGCGAUCGUUAAAACGUUUUGCUGAUCGCUGACGUUUUGGAUUUUCGCUCGAACCCAUCAUCAGAUACAGCGACAGAUGGGGGUGAUUCGUGCAUAGGAGGUAGCAGUACUUAUAGGCUGCACACUCAAGUUUGAUGAGAUCGAAAUUCUCGCGAGAGGUGAUAAUCGCGUGAGCCGCGAGUUGCUUCAGUCGUGGUUCGCGGGACCUCAGUCUAUCAGCAAGUGCAGUGACAUCCCCACUCCAUAUUCGGUGCUGAGGCAUUGUCUGGGCAAAGUAAUUAAACAUUCGGGAGCUGACGGGCCGGUGAGCCAGAAGGCCAAGCAAUAAUCACGCCAGUAUCCAACACAGGUGAUGAGAUUUCAGCAAUUGGCAACUUUCGUGCUAGUCAUCAAGCCAUCAAUGCGCCAGCGGGGUGUAGGGGUGCCAGCGGUGGGUUCACGUAAUGGUCGUGGUGGUCGCUCAGUUGCUUGCAAGUGGGACUGCGCCUAGCGUCCACUUGCUGGCACUCAACUCUCAUCUGUGGCUCCACGUAGCUGGACUCUGUUUAGCGGCCACACCCCGGGCAACCGUCUCGACCGGCGGGCUAAACCAGGUGAGGGGGCCCUGUGCGCUGUGCCGUGUGCACAGGGUUUGCGGAUUCCGCUGGAUGGAAGGUCGGAUGGAACUUUGCGUCGGCACCGUCGUGACGUGGUUCGUCGCUGCACGCCGCUGAACAGCCGGUGACGGGAUGGAUCUCCACAUCGACAUCGCCUUGACGCGCCCACCUACGCCGUCGGAGACCGCGGCUUACGGCGAAUUCGAGUCGCUCUCCACUACAACCCGAAGUCGUGGUCCCAUAGUGGAGUUCGGCCGUGCAACAACGGCACAUGGCAGCCCUAUUCAGGGAUGGCACUGCCAGCCCCCACGGGAGGAAGGGCCUAGAAAAAGUGGCCUAAACAUUGCUCGGUACCACGCCGUCUCCAGGCUAGCCAGGGCCGCAGAUUUCUAAUCAUGGUCGAAACAAUCAAAAUCGAAACAACAACAACAAUACCAAUAACAACAACAACCAUACUCAUUCUCCUCAUCCUACCUCUUCUUCCUCUUCCUCUGCCUAUUCUUCUCCUUCGACACCUUCUUCUCCCUCUCCUUCCCGUCGCCCCACUCGUUGUCACCAGACUAGCAGGGUGAGCCCGCUCACUCUGGCAGACUGGAAUGUUCGUUCCCUUUUAGACAAUCCGAGGAGCAACCGACCGGAAUGGAGGACGGCGCUAGUGGCACGAGAACUGGCGCGCUACAAGGUGGACAUCGUCGCACUCAGCGAGUCCCGAUUCUCCGAACAAGGCCAACUGGAGGAGGUGGGUGCCGGCUACACGUUCUUCAGGAGCGGUCGACCCAGGGCAGAGCGACGGGACGGGAGUGUCGGCCUCGCCAUUCGGAAUGACAUCGUGGGACGACUGCCCUGUUUGCCGCAGGACAUCAACGAUCGCCUGAUGAGCCUCCGCCUGUAUCUCUGGGGAGGCAAAUUCGCCACCAUCAUCAGCGCCUACGCUCCGACGAUGACCAACCCCGACGCCGUCAGAGACAAAUUCUACGUGGACAUGCAGGCCCUCUUGGCGACUGUGUCGAAGGCGGACAAGUUGAUUGUCCUGGGUGACUUCAACGCCCGCGUCGGCACAGAUCAUGCUGCCUGGAGGGGAGUGCUGGGUCCCCACGGUCUCCGCGGCUCCAACGAAAAUGGUCUGCUGCUUCUCCGCACCGGCGCAGAACACCGUCUCAUGAAGAGGGAGACACGAUAG